CUGAAAAUUAUUACUGUUCUUAUCCCCAUUUUUGCAGUUAUAGUAAGACAGAAUCUCCAUUUUCAGGCUUAAAGACAAACUGUUUAACCAGACCCACUUUCUUCUGAUCAGCUUUUAAGCAGCUUCUUCUUCUCUGUAUUCACCUAAAGAUUGAGAGGCUUAGAGGUGAGAGAUGAAAAUUUUGGCAUUGGCAUUUUCUCUCUCUCUUUUGCUCCACCAACAAUGCUUUCUUGUUCAAACUGAAGCAUGGGAUGGUUUCAUCAGAACCAGAGGAUUUCAUUUCAUGUUGAAUGGUAGUCCUUACUAUGCAAAUGGAUUCAAUGCUUACUGGUUGAUGUAUGUGGCUUCAGACCCAUCUCAGAGACCCAAAGUUUCAGCUGCAUUCAGAGAAGCUUCAAGCCAUGGCCUCACAGUUGCAAGAACUUGGGCUUUCAGUGAUGGUGGAUAUAGACCUUUACAAUAUUCUCCAGGCUCUUACAAUGAACAAAUGUUCAAGGGGUUGGAUUUUGUUAUAGCUGAGGCUAGAAGAUAUGGCAUCAAGCUUGUGUUGAGCUUAGCUAAUAAUUAUGAAAACUUUGGGGGGAAGAAGCAGUAUGUGAACUGGGCUAGAAGUAAAGGGCAGUAUUUGACAUCUGAUGAUGAUUUCUUUAGAAACCCUGUUGUUAAGGGAUUUUACAAGAACCAUAUACGGACUGUUCUUAACAGGUAUAACACCUUCACUAGAGUUCUUUACAAGAAUGACCCAACAAUCAUGGCCUGGGAGCUUAUGAAUGAGCCAAGAUGCACAUCAGAUCCAUCAGGGAGGACCAUUCAGGCCUGGAUAAUGGAAAUGGCUUCUCAUGUGAAGUCAAUUGACAGAAAUCACUUGCUGGAAGCUGGCUUAGAAGGAUUCUAUGGUCAAACAACACCUCAGAGGAAGUCACUCAAUCCUGGUUUUGAUAUAGGAACUGAUUUCAUUGCAAACAAUCGCAUAACUGGCAUCGAUUUUGCUACAGUUCAUUCCUAUCCUGAUCAAUGGCUAACCAGCGCAAAUGAUCAAUCCCAACUCUCUUUUCUGAACAAUUGGCUCAGCUUCCACAUUCAAGACGCGCAAUACCUUAUCCGGAAGCCAUUACUCAUCACAGAAUUUGGAAAGUCUUGGAAAGAUCCUGGUUUCAGCCCCUACCUAAGGGAUCUUUUGUUCAACACUGUCUAUUACAAGGUGUACUCGUCGGCCAAGCGAGGUGGUGCAGCUGCAGGGAGCCUGUUCUGGCAACUUCUAAGUGAAGGAAUGGACUCAUUCCGAGAUGGGUAUGACAUAGUGCUAAGCCAGAGCCCCUCAACUGCAAAUCUGAUUGCUCAGCAGUCUCACAAGCUCUAUCAAAUUCGCAAAAUAUUUGGGAGGAUGAGAAACAUUGACAGGUGGAAGAGGGCAAGGGCUGCUAGGAGGGCUCAAUGGUCUGGUAGAAACAAGUACAAGCCUAUUGGAAACUGAUUGAUUGCAGUCCUUGAUAUGAAAAUGUGUGUGAAACGUUGUCAUAUUGAAGUUGUGUGUUACCAGGCCCUGAGACUACAAAUAUGAUGUUCUUGGUAGAUAUUUCUCUCUUAGAGAUGAAUGUUGUUCAUCCAGGAGGGUAGCUUCUUGGGAUUAAUACCUUAUAUAGCUUUGACAAUAUGUAUGCUUGAUCUUUGUUUCAACUUUCAGGAUAUGUGUUUAUCUGUGUAAACAUAAACGAUACAAUCCCGGUUCGAUUCUGGAAAAUGACCUUUUCAAAAUGGGAGUCAGAUUCUUUAUUACUUAAGUCUCUUUCAAUCCGAGCUUUUGUGUGCUAGAGAAGCUUUAUGUUAGUUUAGGAUUGAUGAAUGUGGAGAGCCUCAACUUGUUUACGACAUGAUAAUGGAAU